UAUUGUUUUGAUCUGCUUGUAACAACACCACGUUUUUUAAUCGAAGUUUUAUCCUUAAUGUCAACAAAAUGGAUUUUGCCCGUAAAAUCCUUGGAAAAUAUGGUUGGAAAGAAGGUGAAGGUCUGGGCAAGAACAAUGAUGGCAUUGCUAAACCCUUGAGAGCGACUCUUAAAUUUGAUAACUCUGGUUUUGGGGCGGACCAAGCUGCUGCAGACUUCAACAAUCAUUGGUGGGAAAGAGUAUUCAAUGAUGCUGCCAACAAUGUUGAAGUUAACAAAGAUGGUCAGUCAAUUAAAAUGAAUCUGAAAAAUGCAGAAGAUAGUGUUGAAAUAUCCACAAAGGGCUAUUCAUUGAAAAAACUGAAAAAAGCGAAAGCAGAAAAAGGAUCCGCAGCAGGUGGUAAUGUUUCUGCGAGUGCCUAUGAGAAUUUCAUGCAGGCGGCUACUUUAACCAACAAAGGUGGUGAAAUUGAUAAUCCUGAUCGCAUAGAGGCGGGUGAAAUUGAAGUCACCCGUGUGAAUGUAUUGACCGAUGAAGAACUCUUCAAAGCUUGCGGAGGCAGGACCGCUCACAAAGGCGCGCGGCAUGGUUUAAAGUUAAGCGGCAAAUUGGCAAGACUGGAACAGCAGGAAAAAGAACUCUUAGCUAAAAUGAUGUCUAAAAAAUCUGUGGGAGUCGAAUGUCUGCUGAAGGAAUCAAACAAUGUCUUGGUAGCAGAACCUUCCAGCAGCAAUGAAAUGGAACAUAAAAAGAAGAAAAAGAAACGAAAAAAUAAGGAUGCAGACAGUGUUUCGAAUGAUGUUACAGAUAAGAAAAAUAGCAUAGAUAGUUUAGAGGAAAUCUCCGAGGAUGUAACACCUCUACAUGUCAUUGCCGACGAUGAACAUGAAAGAACUAAAAAAUCUAAAAAGAAAAAAAAGCGUGAUGAAUCUUCUUCAAACACUGAGGAACAUGAAAUGCCUCCUGUCAAGAAGAAAAAGAAGUCCAAACGUGUUGAUCAUAAUGAGGAGGAGAUGAGUAAUAAUAUGGAUGAAGAAAAAUUGCACAAAAAGAAAAAGAAAAAAUCGAAAGAUAAUAAACAGUAGCGAAAACAAAGCAUAUUUUUAUUCGAUUUAGGAGGAUAUAUGUACGUAUCUAUUUUUGUUACUAGAUUUCGAUUGUGGGUACCAAUCGACAAACCAAAUGGGAAUCGAAACCUACACUGGUUAUGGUUGGUGUAGUCACAUUUGCAUGUGGAGG